AUGACCGACAACGCCAACAACCUGGGCAGUAUCGACCCUUCGUUUCAAAAAAUCAUCAAGACGCAGCCAUCCGACGGCCAAUUUGAGGACGAGGUGGCGGCUGCGGCCGCCGCAAUUGCGGUCAACAAUAGAGGCCCAGCCACCGACGCCGCCCAAAAACAGGCCCAGGCCCAGUACCAUGCGCAAUACCAGCCUAGCACCGGCAAGUCUGGCGCCAACAGCGGGCUGCCACCUCCUCCGACGUCUGCGUCGCCGCCUGUGCACAGCGGCUCUCCCGAGUCGGGCUCGCCGGGCCAAGACGAGAACGGCCGCCCUUCCUACCACGGCAAGCCACUAAACCAGUCGAAGCGGGCUGCCCAGAACAGGGCCGCACAGAAGGCGUUUAGACAGCGCAGAAAAGACCACAUCGAGGAGCUCGAAAAAAAGCUUGAGCAGCACAGAGACUGCCAACAGGAGCUGGAGAGUCUGCGCCAGGAAAACAUCCGGCUCAAGGAGUACAUUCUGUCGCUGCAGAGCAAGAUCAUCAGCACGGGCGAUACGACGAUUGCCAACCCGCCUCUGGGGCUGUUUGGCAACAGCACGCCGUCGAACUCCUGA